UGUGACUGGCCAGUUAUCAGUACAGGAGUAAAAGCAAAGGCUUGUCACAUAUCUGGGUGAGUGCAACCAGUGCAAAGCCAAAUAAGAGUAAACUAAAAUCUUUGCCAUGGCGAACAGGAGAAGAAAUGGAUCCCGUGCUAAUGGCCGUGCUGGUCGAGGAGGAGUUCAACCACAACAAAAGCAGCAACGCAAGCGGCCACCUAUUAAGGCUCUAAGAGAACCAGCCAUUUUUGCUAAACAAUCAGGCAGUGCCUCGGACACCCCUCAAGACAAAGUGACUUUAGCCCAGGCACGCCGUGGCACUCCAGCUCAUCGGCCCGUGCGAGUAUAUGCCGAUGGAAUCUUUGACCUCUUCCAUUCGGGUCAUGCCCGUGCUUUGAUGCAGGCCAAGAAUUUGUUCCCAAACACACAACUGAUUGUUGGUGUUUGCAGUGAUGCUCUGACGCACAAGUAUAAAGGCUACACAGUGAUGACGGAGGACGAGCGAUAUGAAGCCCUCAUACACUGUCGUUAUGUGGACGAGGUGGUCCGUGAUGCUCCCUGGACCCUCACUCCUGAAUUCCUUCAAAAACACAAGAUUGACUUUGUGGCACAUGAUGAUAUCCCAUACACCUCUGCUGGAUCAGACGAUGUCUACAAACAUAUUAAAGAAGCAGGAAUGUUUGUGGCUACUCAAAGAACGGAGGGGAUCUCCACCUCUGAUCUCAUCACGCGCAUUGUUCGAGACUAUGACGUCUAUGUCAGGCGUAACCUGCAGAGAGGAUACACAGCACGGGAACUCAACGUGGGCUUCAUCAAUGAGAAGAAAUAUCGUCUGCAAGAGCAGGUGGACAGAAUGAAGGAGACGGUGAGGACGGUGGAGGAGAAGUCCAAACAUUUAGUGCACCGUGUUGAAGAGAAGAGCCACGACCUCAUCCACAAAUGGGAGGAGAAAUCUCGCGAGUUCAUCGGAAACUUCCUGGAGCUGUUCGGUCCAGAUAAAGCCUGGCACAUGAUCCAGGAGCGGAGUGGCCGUGUUCUCCAGGCUCUGUCUCCCUAUCAGUCUCCAAGUACGUCGCCCAGCUCCAGUCCCACCAGAAGACGCUCUACAUCGCCCGUCACCCACUGGCAACCGCUUUCAUUCACCGCUGCCCAAAGGAGCCUCAGUCAGCAGUAGUGAGGGUGACAAGGAGGAGAAUGUAGAUGGAUGCUGGCUCUACCUCCUGCACAUCUAAGCAGGCACCUUCUCAUUCUGUUUACUGUAUUUUAUGCACCAAAAUGUUUCAUAAUUGAGAUCUACAAUGGCAUGCUGCUCAAAGAUCCAGACUGACCUCAUAAUUCUGUAGAAAAAAAAAUUUUUUAAAUGCCAUGAUUUGUAAUAACAUUUAAACAGAACUGAGCACUUCAUAACUUGUCUGUCAAAUUAAGGCCUGGUCACCCCAAGAAAGAUUAGAAUAACUGUUACUAUAUUAGCAUCCACACCAAGGGACCAUAACGUUCCGUUUAUUAAAAGUCAGCAGCAUAGUUGUCAUCUGCAUCUGCUGCUUUAAAUGCUCAAGCUCUUUAAAGUUCGGUAGAUUCUGAUUGUCUGUCAAUGUUUUUAGCAUCCAUCAGCUGAAAAAAAAAUUGUAUAAGGAUAAUUGUGCCAUUGUCAUUAUCCCUGUGAUGUAGACGU